CACUCCUGGCUCUUUGUCACUCGUUACCCACUGCUCAAAUCCCUCUUAAUCACCAAAUAAUCACUCAAUACCUUCCAUUCCAUUUUCUGGGCUGGUCCCGACGCAAGUGCAACAUUACCUUUACCUCUCGAGCAUGCGAUAAACCAACCGGCAAUGGGCAAGAAGUCCGACAAGCGAUACGGAGUAGUGCUGGACGCAGGUUCGUCCGGCACGCGUGUUUAUAUAUACAGGUGGCUCGACAACUCGAUCUCCCGACUUGACGCCUCAUCUUUACACGCCCUCCCCGAAUUAGAAACAAAGGACAAAUGGACCAAGAAAGUCCACCCGGGAGUAUCGACAUUUGGCGUAACACCCGAAUCAGUCGGUCCAGAACAUCUCAAACCUCUUCUUGAACACGCCCUGGAUCACAUACCCAAAGAUGCGGUCCCAGACACGCCCAUUUUCCUGCUCGCGACAGCGGGUAUGCGCCUGCUGCCUGAACAACAGCAACAGACGCUUCUCCGCAGCAUUUGCUCCUACAUACGCUCCGAGACGCACUUCUCCCUUCCAGACUGCGACGCCCACAUCCAGGUGAUUUCCGGCGAGACCGAAGGACUAUAUGGCUGGAUCGCAGCAAACUACCUGCUAGGAGGAUUCAACUCUCCUACAGAACACAAUCAUGGUAAAGGACACCACACAUACGGCUUCCUCGACAUGGGCGGCGCAUCUGCACAAAUCGCUUUUGCUCCCAACGCAACAGAAGCAGAGAAACACGCAAAUGACCUGACACUCCUGCGCCUCAGGACAAUCGACGGCCUGCCACAAGAAUACAAAGUCUUCGUGACAACAUGGCUUGGUUUCGGCGCCAACGAAGCGCGCCGUCGGUACGUCGCCGACCUCGAAGAAUCAUACGACCUUGAUAAUACCCUCGAAAUCCCCGACCCCUGUAUUCCCAAAGGAAUCAAAAUCUCACCAGCCGGCGAGAUCCUCUCUCCCACAACAUCCUCUCACCACCUUCUCGGAACAGGCAAUUGGGACGAAUGCAUCCGCCGUACAUUUCCUCUCCUUGAAAAAGACAUCCCCUGCCCCGACGAGCCCUGCCUGAUCCACGGCAUCCACGUCCCCGCCAUCGACUUCGAAGUGAAUCACUUCAUAGGGAUAAGCGAGUACUGGCACACGACGCACGAGAUUUUCGAAAUGGCCCACAAAGACAAAGCCUACGACUUCACAACCUACCAGACCCGCGUCAAACAGUUCUGCGAGCAAGACUGGUCAGCCAUAGAGCAGGGCAUCGCCGAUAAAACAUGGGGCAAGAAAGUCGACGAACAGACAGCAUUGGAAGUCUGUUUCAAAGCCUCCUGGCUGAUCAACAUGCUGCACGACGGCAUCGGGAUUCCCCGCGUCGGCGUCGAUGCAUCCACGUCGUCUUCACAUAAUGGCACCAAAGAAAUCCUCCAAGCCGGCAAAGACAAGGGCUUCCUCGACCCCUUCCAGGCCGUCAACAAAAUCAAGUCCACGGAAGUGAGUUGGACAAUGGGCAAGAUGGUCCUGUAUGCCUCGGCAGAUAUCCCGCCCGCACAUGAAGAUGACCUACCCGUCGGAUUCGGCAGUAACAUCGAUGGCAUCCCCGCGGAUUUCCAGUACCCCGGCGGUGGGCGCCAUCAAAACGAUCUGUCUCGGCCGCAGAGCAUCACAGACCAGAUCCACGAUAAAUUAUUCCACUCAGACGCCCCGCACCGCUUACCCGGCUUUAUAUUCUUCUUAUUGAUAUUGAUAAUCGCGGCAUUUUAUUUAUGCGGCCGCGACAGGCGAGCACGCAUAUAUCAUUCCUUUUCGCCCUCGAAUUCGAAAUCGAAAACCCCCGCUCUCUCAUUCUUCAGGUCUUUCCUGCGCAGUCCGCGACAUGCAGUGGACCAGUAUUAUCGUGGUAGUGCUCGCAACGACUUCGAUCUGGAAGACGGUACUCCCGCAUCAACGAGACUCUAUGAUCCGGCAGACUUUGAGCUGGGAAACAUUUCAGGAGAUUCGUCCGAGGAUGAUUUACCCUCUUCUCGGCCUGGCUCACGGCCUGGGUCAUCGAAGAAGAACAUUGAGCGCAUUCGUCCUGAUUUGAUGGAUCGACAUGGAUUAGUCGUUCGAACCGAAAGUCGUGAGAGAUUAGGGCUUGAUACUACUUCUCCGAGCGGGAGGUCUAAGAGUCGGGGUGGGAGUCCGACUAGGUUCAAAUCAUGAAAGGUUGAACACCGACUGUGUGAUUAUUUUUAUGUUGUGUUUGAGCGAGUCCGACAAGAUUGUAGUGAUACCAGAUAUGAUGAUCGAAAAUCAACAUUGAAUAUAAUUGUGUAAAUCAGGUACGACUCACAAGUCUUCAUAUG